GGAACGGUGUAGAAUUGCCGGUUCGAGCAGACGUUCCCGAUUCGAGCAGGUCCGUCCCCGGAGACCGAACGCUGCCGCCUCUUUUCCUCGCAGCUGGGAGGACUCCCGGCUUGCCUUCCUCCCGCCUGCCAGUCCGCUUUUCCACGACUCUUCUCCCCGAUAUACCGGCACAGCUGGGACACUGACAAAGCCCAUCCGGGGUGGGAACGCGUGCUAUGGGUGGCGGUUGCGUACGUGCGUGCCUGGCGAAGGCGUGCGCAGUCCGGGAAGAUGGACAUGCUAAGUGUCUAUCGCACCUCCCUGCCUCUCUAUCAUCCAUGUGCUCGCAGCUUGGGACCAUCAUCGGCGUCGCCGUUCGUCGUCGCCCUCUGCAUGCAAGUCCUAUCUUCUCGAUAGGCUAUGAGCCGGUCCCGGAGCCCGUUCGUACUUCGUUGUGGGGAGCCCUCCAGCCGGUAUUCGACUAGAAACCCGAAGAUGUAUGGCAGCCAUGCGAGCGAGGUCUUGAGAUCGGCUUCUGCUCUUGAUCUGAAGAGGUCGCCUCCUCCGACAGGCAAGACUAACACGAGGUGGUCGUACGAGCACUUUGGCGCUGCUGCGGAUACCAGCUCGAUCUGGGUGAUCGAACACAUUGUCCUCGGAGGAGCAACACACGCAUGCCCGGACAAGGUCUCAUGCCUGAACGACUGCGGUGAGGUCUGUUUCUUCCAAGGCACUGCCGCUCUGCCAAGCCCACCUAACGCCUUCGCGGAGGAGGGAGACAUCAUCCCGAGUGACAUUGUGGGCUCUCGAGGGGAACGUCGAUCCAAAAGAGGCUUGAGCCUUGCCGCCUUUGUCUCCUGGAGAACAGGUGCAAUCUGGGGUGCUUCGCCGUCGAGCUGUCAAGCCUGGUACACACGUUUGUCGCAAGUCAGCCUGGUAGCUGCGCUGAACGCCCUCACUAGGCUUAAGUCCCCUGUCAAUCUGUCUACGGAAGGAGGGAACCUCGAGACUCCGCUUGCCGGGUACUGUCUACGUGAUGAUCCAGAAGACCAAGAGACCAAGCUUUGUCACCCAUCAAUCGAUUCCUCGAUGCCUCGACUCCCUCGCUCACAUGUAACACUCCCUCCAGCUGUCAUUGAGGGUAAUUUGCCACCCUUUUAUGACAGCCAUUCUAUUGUCGAUGACGUAGCAUGAGGGCGACGAAGGAUACAGAUUCUCUCAGGCUCGUCCCGACGCCUCGGCUGCGAUUGGGGCAUUGUAGAACUCAAAGUAUAUAGCCUAGCGAAAGGGCUCGAGGAAUCACAAGUGGACGGCGCGAGUAACGUACGCGA